AUGCCGUUCAAAGAACAGAACGGCUCGGAUGAGAGCCUACUAGGUAGCGAUCGUGACAGCGAAUCGACUGAAUGGACUCCACUGAAACAGCGACGCAGUUGGAGGAGCCACGCUUGGGCUGCCUUUAACAUCCUCCUGUUCACUACGUCUCUGUGUCUUUUUAUGGCUCCCUAUUUCGGAGUCAGCUUGACCUCUGACAUGGAUCAUGUUCGCAAGACGUCAUUUUAUUCUCCAGUGCUUGACUCGAUCAACUUCGAAUUGAAGUCGACAGAGGUAGAAGGUGGUUUAUUUGAAGCCAAGAACCCCUCCAGGUGGCGCAACUCUUUGAAGCCUGACCCUGCUGUUGAUGAAGCAUGGGAGGAUCUUGAGAACAUUCGCGUUUUCCCCAUCAGCGAGAGUGAGGUUCGCCGACUUGGCAAGGAUCCAGAACUUAUUGUCAAGUUUCCUCCGGAAUAUGGCCUUGGUGAUAACGCCUACAUGGGACAAAUUGACAUGUUUCACCAAAUCCACUGCCUCAAUCUCCUUCGACACUUGGCAUGGGCAGAAUAUCAUCGUAACGGCACGGCGAAGAAGCCGUUUUCCGACUUACAUUGGGUCCACGUUAGUCACUGCACGGACAUACUGAUGCAAAACCUCAUGUGUAAUGGCAAUCUGGACAUCAUUACAUUCAAUUGGGUUGAGACUCAAACAAAUCCAUUCCCAGAUUUCGGUGUCAAACAUCAGUGCAGGGACUUUAAUGCGAUAUACGAGUGGCAGGACAAGCACUCUGUGCCCAAGGAGUGGGGGCGAAACGUCACGCGACCAGCUGGUGCGAAGGAAAUCCCUAUCAGCGAAGAGUAUUAUCGGAUAUACGGCAUUGAUAAGAAGCAAAAGUUAGAGGAGGAUGGUCCAAAGUGA